AGUUUGCAAUUGCCAAAAAAGAGUAUAUUAAAAUCUUUAAAACCAGACAUGGUUAAUAAUAAAAUAUAAACAAAGAAGUCUAUGUGUAUACUAUGUUUGUGAUGUCCAGUAUCAAAAUUUAAAAUCUGGUAUCCUGUGGAUAUCAUCUGGUAAAUAAAUUAUAUAAACAAAUUUUGUCAUCGUUUUAAUUCAAUUUAGAUCAAGUCGGUCUGAUAAGAAAUUUGAUGUGACAAUUGGUCAUAUCGAAGACAUCAUCAUGGGUACAGUAAAUAUUUCACAUAAUGCACAUAUCAGUUCAUAAUCAAUGUUUUAAUCGUUAUCAACAAUUCAAUACUGUAGUUAAUUGUAUACAUUUACAAAGGUCUAUUUGGAUUACUUUCAGAGGACACAUUUCAAGAACUACAGAAUGAAUUCAUGGAGAAACAUUACCACCAUUUUGAAGAUGUGGAAGAAAACAAAUUAGUAUACACAGAUAUUUUUACUCAAUAUGUAAGUGUCAUUCUGACAGUGGUACACACUUUAAGUAAAGUUUAUAAGUCAAGCCCUGUCAGCCAUGGUUAAAUCAAGGUUGGUCAUUGUUCAGUCAGAAAAUACAAAUUUUUAAUGUUCAAUCAACUUUAGCACUCAAUACUAUAUUUAAAAAAAAAACAUUGAAAAUUAGACUUGCAUUCAAGCACUAGCAUACCAUAACCUUCUACUAUAAUUAUAUAUACUGAGCAUACAUAUUCGUUCCUGUUACAUUGCAUACCAUAACCUUUUACUAUAACUAUAUAUACUGAGCAUACAUAUUCGUUCCUGUUACAUUUCCAUUUAUAUAAUUUGUUUCUUAUCACAAUCCAUUUUUCAGACAAAUCUAAUAGAGAAACACCUUGAGGAAUGUUUAAAGCAAAGAAUGCCAGAUUUUUCCAUGGAAGAAUUUAUGACAUCAUUGCAGUAAGUAACUGACAGUAUCUGCAAAGCACGAAGUUUUUUAAGGAAUCACCAGUAUAUCAUUCUUUAAAUGGGUUCAGCUUUUGAUCACACUGGACUGAUAGUUUAAUAUGGCCAUACUUAACUUUCAGGUCAAGAAAAGAUCAAAUUGGAGGAGACAUAUUUGACAUGUUACUUAGCUUUUCAGAUUUCAUAAUGUUCAAACAAAUGUUCCUCGAUUACAAAGCUGUAAGUUUUUCAAGGAUUCAUCUUUACAUUAAUUUUAAAAUAACAAGAUGUGUAUUAUUUAACCAUUAAUGGCAACCACUUUAAAGCCACUUGAUUAGUAAAAUAAUAAAAUACAGUAAGGUGUGUGAGGACAGAUAUCACUUAAUGGGUUAACAAGUGAGAUGGGCUGACAGCAUGGUUAACCCAUUAAGUGAUUAACCACAAAGCUCUUUCACCAUUUCUGAUAUUAAACAGAGUAAAAUAAUAAAGUACAUGUAGGGUUCAUUAUGGCUUAAUGGAAUUGUAUGUAUAAAUAUAUGUAUUACUAAUUGCACAAUCCAGUGGCUAAGUAUUAUUUCAAAUUACAAUGAUAUAUUAAUUUUAUCUUGAUAAAUGAUCUUGAUAAAUUAUCUUUUGUAGGACAAAGAAGGCAAAAAUGUAGAUUUAGGUGGUCUAAUAAUCACUCCAUUGUCAAAUGAACGUCUCGAUGGUACAGAAGAGAUGGUGAUUGAUUCAGAUAUGUCACCAGAUAGACAGACUACUUCUAGUACUUUAUUGAGCAGUUAGAGACAAACAAUUUCACAACAUGUACAUAAUAAUAUACUGAAAAUAAUAUACUACAAUUUUUAAAAAGUAUAAAACAAAACAGAAAGCUUCAGAUUGAUAGGGAUGCAACUACUUGAAAAAUACAAGUUAUUGCAUCCCAAUUAGGCCAAUGAAAAUUGAUAUCAUGUUUCUCGUCCACAAUUUUCAAAAAUUUGGAGCGGGAUUUUUUCAUUAUUUUUUGUACUUGAAUUCUGCUUGUCAAUAAUUUCCUUGACCCAGUAAAACCCCCAUAAAAAUCUGAAGUAAAUCGGUGUAUAAUUCAUUUUAAUUUAAUACGUCCUACACUACAGUAUAUUUCUACACAUAAAUUAUCAUUAUAAAACAUGAAUAUGCAUGAUUUAUCUUUUCAAAAAAGCAGUAAAACCAUGCGAACAGAUUCUUUUGCAACACAGGAAAUGGGAAACAAAUCAGAAGAGCAUCACAUGUCAAGAUCAUCCUCGUUCCCAGGGUUGUUGACAUGGCGAGUAAUAUCUUUAGAAAGAUACAAUUUGAGUUGUACUUGCGGAAUGCAGCAAUAAGACUUUGAUCUGGAGAUCAAUUUGGUGUUUUGUUAAGCCUAUUUUUCAAAAAUAAUGAAAACUUUUCGUGCGGCAGAUAAAUCCCAUGUAGGUGGGGAUGAGAAACAUGAUAUCAAAAAGUGCAUCUAAAAACUCUUAGACUUCAAGUGUUGACUAAGAACCCAAAUGCCAUCUUACACGAUGCAAUUUGCUGUUUUAUAGACAUAUUCAUUAGAUUCAGCUCAAUUGUAUUGGCAUAAUGUGCAAAUAUUAACUGCAUUGACAACAUUUUUAAUUAUUUCAAGAUUCUUCAUGUGAGAUGAAUAUUUCAUAAAACUGACCCGUUAAAGGACCAGUUCCAUUUGUGCUCUUGGCACUUGCGUUGUAAAAUGAAACAUUUAACUCCCCAUUCUCUACCUUAGCCAUACCAUUUUCUCCAUAACACGAUAUAGACCCUGAGAUUGUGGCUGAGAUUGUCACAGUGCUGCUCUUCUCAACAGUAACUGGCGAUGAUAACCUGACAUCAAAUCCAGCAACACCAUCUUUAUCAAUCUUUGAAGUAAAACUGCCAUUUGCUAAUUCGGAUCCGUCAAGCUGAAGCACCACAUCAUAUUGACUACCUUUCUUGUCACCAAACAAGCGAACACCAUGAAACAGUGACUUCCUGUUCACAGAGAAUGAAAGGCAGUCCGGGUUUCCAAAGUACUGCCACCAUGAAACGGGAUCCUUUACAUUCGAUGACAGGAAACGUGCAAUUCUCUCGAAACCUUUUUGUUUUCUCUUUUUCCAUUUUACACAAGGCAGCUCUAUCCUAGUCAAUCUGCCAUAAACGGACACCAUUUCAUCAGCUGAAAGCAACCCAGACAAAUGAACAUGCUUUGCAAAAUCUUCUUGGGACAUUGAAAGGUAUGCAAUGUCGUAAACAGCAUCUUUAAGAACAGCUCAUCUGUUCUCCCCCGACACUUUUAAUUGUUUUUUUGAACACCGUUCAUCACACCACCUCAACACCGCUUGAAAUAGUUGAACUUCUGGUAUGCUCAGGUGGUCUCGCUUUAGUACACAGGCCAGCGUCUUUUGACUGAUGUUAUUGAAUGCUUCUGUGGUGGCCACGUCUGCGGUACGCGACUCGACAAGAUGCCAACAUUUCAUCUCCAGCUCACCCUCGUCAAAAUAUAUUGCCAGUUCCAAAAUUCUAAGAACAUUCUCAACGUUUAAGCCUUUUUCCAUGAUUUGCACACAUUUUUCAGUGAGAGAAGACACUAUGUAUUUCUUUGAGAGGUACAUCACAGAUACAACAUUGUCCACAGUCAAAUCACAUUUAUCUGUGUAGAGAAAGCACAGAAAUUGCUCAAGAUUUUCUUCAUCCGUGUCGCCGAAAUGAACAACCGGCUUCGUUUCGGCCAAAUCGCCGUAGAACAUCGCAUGAAAUACAGCACUGCUUGUGCCCAACACAUACUUGUGUGCAUAAAAUGACUUCGCUGAAUCUUCACAUGUGAAUUUUAUAUCACUCAUAAACGGAUUGUUCAACAUGUGACAGCUUCUUUCUUGAACUGUCUUUUUCGUCGAUUGCCAAUCUACAGAGUUGCUAGUCGUCAUUUCGCAGAAUAUAAAAUCGAUGACCUCUCCUUAUAGCUAGAUUUAAU